AUGGAUAUUCCCAACGAACUGCCUAUUAUUUAUACAACAAAAGUUCUGAUUCCCGGUUAUAUUUUGAAAAUUCGAUUACAAGUUGAAAACUACUCUAAUUUAUUGAAUUAUCUUCAAACAAAUCGUGAUUCAAAAUCUAUACAUAUUGGUAUAAUACCAGAAUCAGAUUCUGAUAAGGCUGAAGAUAUAAUUGGAACAGUCGGUCAGGUUUUAAGUAUAAUUAAAAUUGAUUCUGUUCCUGAAGAUUUCGUUUUGGUCACGGAAGGAAUAUGUCGUUUUAAAUUGGAUGAGACAAUUUCUGAUGAGCCAUUACAAAUUAAUAAAAUCGUUACAAUUGAAAAUUUUAAAAUCCUCCAAGGUGAUGAAAAGACAAUACAUGAACUCAACGCUGAGUUUAGUAAAGUGGUGAAUGACUUUUUGUCAUAUUCUGGAGCAAACCUUUUUGGAAGAGAUACCCUGAAGAUAUUAUUAAAUAAAACUCCCUUGUAUCAAACAGUAGAUUUUUUACUGAAAACUUUUGUACAUUUAACUCCAGCUGAUGCCUAUGAAAUUCUUAGAGCUACAAGCUUAAACAGCCUAUUGAGAUUUGUUAUAAAUUGGUUAAAGCAAGAAACAAUUAAUGAACACAAAUAUUCAAAAUCUGAAAAAACCGGUUUAAUUCCAGUCCCUUCGACACUUCUUAAUGGUAGUGGUGUGCAUAGGGGUAUUUUUCUCAAGAAACCAAUUUCACAAGAAUUAAAUCAAAUACAAUUAGCCAUUAAAGAUUCUGGAAUGCCAACAUCAAUACAUAAAAUGAUUAUGAAAGAAUUUAAAAGACUUGGUGAAAUGGCUACUAGCAAUCCUGAUUAUACUGUAUCUAUAAAUUAUAUCAGUUAUGUUGCUAAUUUACCAUGGAACAAACGUACAAUUGAAACUUUAGAUCUGAACAAAGCUAAAAAUGUAUUGAAAUCAAACCAUUAUGGCAUGGAAAAAGUGAAAAAUAGAAUACUGCAAUUCAUUGCUGUAAAGAUAUUGAACCCAGAUCGACGAGGACCUAUACUUUGUUUUAUUGGGCCACCCGGUGUUGGCAAGACAACUAUCGCUAAAGCUAUUGCUAGUUCAUUAAAUCGAAUUUUUAAAAGAAUAUCAUUAGGUGGUAUAAACAGCUAUUCAGAUAUUAAAGGACACAGAAGAACAUAUGUCGGAGCUAUGCCUGGUUGUAUAAUUCAAGCAGUUCAUCAAGCAAAAACCAACAAUCCUAUUAUUUUAUUGGAUGAAAUUGAUAAGAUGUAUAAAGGUUCAAGUGGUGAUCCCGCUGCAGCAUUAUUAGAAGUUUUAGAUCCUGAACAAAAUAACUCAUUUGUUGAUUCAUAUAUUAACUUGCCCUUUGAUGUCAGUCAAGUGAUGUUUAUUUCAACAGCCAAUAGUGCUGCUGAUAUACCACGAACUCUGCGUGAUCGAAUGGAAAUAAUAUAUUUGGAAGGAUACACACAAGAAGAAAAAAUGCAAAUUGCAGAAAUGUAUUUGAUUCCCAAGAUACUUAAAGAUCAUAAUAUGAAUGAACUACAGAUAUUUAUUUGCAAAAAUACUAUAAAAGAUAUAAUUCAAAAGUAUACUAAAGAAUCUGGUGUACGAGAAUUGCAGCGUAAACUUGAAGUUAUUUGUCAUUAUAUUGCUGUAGACAUAGUUGAGAAUGGUGAUAAAAUAAUAAAAAACUAUGUGAUCACGCCCGAAUUAUUAUUGAAUAUUCUUGAUAGUGAAUUAUAUAAUGUGAAAAAUGCACUGGUAGAAGAAAGUUGUAAUAGAAUAGGUGUUGCCAUAGGAAUGGCAUGGUCCCCAGUCGGUGGGAAAGUUCAAAUAAUUGAAGCAACUAAAUUGUACUCGAGUAAGGAGAAAAAUCAGCUAGUCCUGACUGGUUUAGCUGGCCGGACUCUAAAAGAAUCAGUUUUAAUAGCACAGCAUUGGAUACAAUCGUUUGUAAAAAAAAAUGAAGUGAACAUAGACAAUUUCUGUGUUCAUGUUCAUUUACCUACAGGGGGAAUUCCAAAAGAUGGACCUUCUGCUGGCAUUACAAUUGUUUGUGCAUUAAUCUCUCUUUUCUGGAAAAUACCUUUGAGGCCAAUGAUUGCCAUGACAGGAGAAAUAUCAUUGAAUGGAUAUGUAUUGCCUGUGGGUGGCGUGAAAGAAAAAAUUUUAGCGGCCUACAACUCAAAUAUUAGAACGGUCAUCAUACCUGACCAUAACAUGAAAGAUUUAAAAACAAUACCUAACAAUAUCAGAGAGGAUUUAAAUAUUAUCCCAGUGAAACAUUUAGAGGAAGUUUUGGAUAUUGUUAUUCCUGGAGGAUUGGCAAUACUGAAAAAUCCAUCAUUUACAACAAUGGAAAUAUGUAAACUUUAG